AUGGCCGUCGGGAGGGUGCCGCCUCCUCCCGCGCCCGCGCAUCCCGGUCUGCCAGGCCGGCGCCGGCUGAGGGAGCGCGUCCAGUCGGAGCGCCGGGCGGUGGGCGCCCUCGUCAAGAAGGCGGAGGCCUUGCUGGCCGGCCGCAGGGACGUCCGCGGCGGCGCUGCGGCGGGGGCGGAGGCGAAAUCCGGUGCCUGCGGUCUCCUUCCCCGCGGCAAGAAGAGCGGGCGGUUCUUGAAUCCGGAGGCCGCCACCGCCGCCGAGGCGGACGGGGAUGCCUCCGCCACCAAGAGGAGGAAGACGAUCGUCACCAGCCCGGGCGUGGAAGUGGAGAUGGAGGUGAUCGAGCCGAAGAUGUCCAGGGCGGAUAGGGAACGCCUCUACAGCCUCAUCGCCUCGCUGUCGGCGGAUUUGCCAUGGCCGCCGCACAUCGUCGAGCUGAUGCAGACCGAAUGCUGCUGCGCCGUCGACCCGAACGGCGAUAAGAUGGAGAUCAACCUUAACUCCGCCAAAGACGCCACCUUGUUUCGGUUGCUGAACCUGCUCGAGGAGUUCGCGCAACAGAGCAAGAUUCAGCCGCGCGCGGAGGAUCAAGAACCGACCAAGAUCCAGGACUGCGUUAGCCGCUCGACCCUCUGCCAACUCGAGGACGGUGAGAUUGCCGAUGAGGACGCAGACAUGGAAAUCAUCGACGUCUGCAGCGGCAUCUCUCCUCUAGUCGUCGAGCAAGAAGAGGAUGGAUUCAGUCGCGGCGCCUCCCCUGUUGCAGUUGACAAGUUCCCUGAACCUUCGCGCUCGAACUGCAGCCCUUCUGGAUCAUCCUGCAGAGUCUCUUCCUCAUCUUCGGGCAGAGAGUCCGAUGACGACAGCGAGCGCAGUUCAGAUGAAGCUGAGGCGAAGCCAUUGGAGGUGGAACAGCAGGUAGUCCCUGAGAUUGAGAUGCAGGAAGUCGCUGAACAAGAUACCGGAGUUGAGCCAAAACCAUUGGAGCAGCAAGAAGUCGCUGAACAAAACACGAAGCUGACCACCGAGAGCGAGCCGGCAGCAUCUUCUGGAUCAUCUUCGGGAGGUGGCUCGUCUGCAUCAUCCUGCAGCUGUUCAUCGUGCUGCUCUUCCGGCAGUGACUCCGACUCUUCUGACAACGAGGAAGACAGUGCAAGUAGCAGCCCUAAGCUUCACACUGAAGCUGUAGCCAAGCCAUUGGAGCAGCAGCAAGUCACUCAACUUGACAAGAAGCUGAUCACCGAGAGCGAGCCGGCAGCAUCUUCUGGAUCAACAUCUUCAUCUUCGGGAAGUGGCUCGUCUGCAUCAUCCUGCAGCUGUUCAUCGUGCUCCUCUUCCGGCAGUGGCUCCGACUCUUCUGACGACGAGGAAGACAGUGCAAGUAGCAGGCCUAAGCUUCACACUGAAGCUGUAGCCAAGCCAUUGGAGCAGCAGCAAGUCACUCAACUUGAUAAGAAGCUGGCCGAGGAGAGACCAGCAUCAUCCUGCAGCGGUUCAUCAUCCUCCUCUUCCGGGAGUGGCUCCGACUCUUCUGACGAUGAUGAAGACAGUGCAAGCAGCAGCCCUGUUACCUCUGACCACCCCACCGAAGCUGCAGCCAAGCCGUCGGAGCAGCAGCAAGCCACUGAACACGAUAUGAAGCUGAAUCUGGCAGAGAGUGAAGCACCUCCGGCAACUGAGAUUGAGAUGCAGGAAGCCACCGAACAAGAUAUCGGAGUCGAGCCAAAGGCGCCAUUGGAGCAGCAAGAGGCCACUGAGCUUAACAAGAAGCUGACCAAGGAAAGACCAGCAUCUGCUGGCACUGAGAUGAAGGAGCUCAUCGCCAGAGCGCAGGAGAAGAAGCAGCAGCUGCGGCGGCGUGCGCUCGAGAGGAAGAGAGCGCGCGAGCAGCUGGAGGAGAUGGAGAGGACGGCGCGGCCGGUGUACGAGCACAUCGACCCCAGCGUCAUGGAGCAGCUGGGGAUCUCUCCCAUGGUGGAGUAUAUGGUCAGUUCGGAGAAAUCCCAGGACAGUGAGCGUUGCCUGCUACAGAAGCUCGGCUUGUUCCUGAAAAGCACAUAGUGUUGAUGAGUAGGGAAUCGUAGGAUGGUUCAUCGAUGGUGUAAAUCUCUCUAGGUUCUUGUAGGCUGUCGCGUCACGUGUGUUGUUGUCUUCAGUUGCUCGUUCCUUUGAGCCUGGAGCAACCUGUUCAAUAGGAUGUAUUUAAACCCAUUCAUUGAUUAAUUGAGUUAUGUAAAUCCA